AUGCACGCAUUGUUACCCGGAAGUAGCAACGUGUUCGCCGAAGUGCUUCAGGAAACGUACGCAGAUAACUGUGUCUUCCUGUACAGCAAAAGACACAAGAAUUUGCUCUUUGUAAUGUGAAAAGGUACAGCAAGAUAGCACCAUGUUGCCGACCACGUCGCUGCAGAACAAUGGUACCCUCAGUUCCAGAGAUGCUGCACGCCACACAGCGGGUGCCAAGCGCUACAAAUACCUGCGGCGGCUGCUGCAUUUUAAACAGAUGGACUUUGAAUUUGCCCUGUGGCAGAUGCUUUACCUUUUUACUUCACCACAGCGAGUAUACCGCAACUUCCACUACAAACAGACCAAAGACCAGUGGGCCAGGGAUGAUCGCUUCCUUGUCCUGCUUAGCAUCUGGUUGUGUGUGUCAACAGUAGGCUUUGGUCUGGUGCUGGACAUGGGCUUUCUGGAGACUCUGAAGCUGUUGCUCUGGGUGGUCUUUGUUGACUGUAUUGGAGUCGGUCUGCUCAUAUCAACACUGAUGUGGGUCAUCAGCAACAAAUAUCUGCUGAAACAGCCCGGUAGAAACUUUGAUGUGGAGUGGGGCUACGCCUUCGAUGUUCAUCUUAAUGCUUUCUACCCCCUACUCGUCAUCCUGCACUUUCUGCAGCUAUUUUUCAUUAACCACCUUGUGGUGAUCAAUUCAGACUGGUUCCUCGGUUACUUUGUAGGCAACACUUUGUGGCUGGUAGCUAUUGGUUAUUAUCUCUACAUCACCUUCUUGGGCUACAAUGCAUUGCCUUUCCUCAAGAACACGGUGGUGCUGCUCUACCCCUUCACCCUCCUCAGCCUCCUCUACAUCCUGUCCAUCUCCCUGGGCUGGAAUUUCACUCAAGGUCUCUGCUGGUUCUACAAGUACAGAGUGCAGUAACACGACUUUGAUGUCAGUCUCCAGCUGGAUCCAGGGCCGAUUUGACACCCAUUCCUAACUCACUUCUAGAUGGCCAAAGGAGGGGGAAACUUGCUGCUGCUGUCAGCACCUGUUUGUGGAAACUCUGGGCUGCUUGUUGAUGCUCAGUGAAGUGGGACACUAACGGAUUCUUAUCAGCUUCACUUUCAGUAAAUCUGAUAUGUUUGAAUCUCGUGCGGCUCUGCAGACUUGCUGUCCUUACGUUGAACUCGAGCUCCAAAUUCUGUUGAUUUGCUGGGGGUAGAUGCAGGACGAAAACAGAAACUUUCCUUUUGUAUGAUCUGUAAAUAGUAUGUCUGACAGGUUGUAAUAUAGAAAUUUGUAAAAAGAUAAAGUUUCAUUUGUUUAUCUUGAACACAGUUCUAAAAAAAAAAGUUGUGGAACACGGAUGUAGUAAAUCAGACAAUUUUCACUCUUUUUUCCUGGAAGUGUAUUUAUUAAGGCACUUUCAAUAAAAUGUUUUAUCAAC